AUGCUGCGGCGCCUGGCGCUCACGCUCACCGCUGCUGCGCUACUCGCGGCCAUCGCCGAGGCGAGGCGGCUCUACCGCCUGUGCGCGGCGCUCAGGCAUGAGAUCGCCACGCAGCAGUCGCUGAGGGCAGCAGAGCGUGCCGGGAGGACCGUGGCAGAGCGGCGGCUGCGGCGAGCAGCGUCCGUGGUCAACCCUGCGACGUGCGGCUACCGGCCAAUCGGCCACAUAGAGUCGUGUUUUGUGGAGAGGCGCGGCACGCCGCGCCAAGGCCUGCUCGUGCCGGAUGCUCGGGCGCGACUGCGGCUAGACCCGCGCGCGGUGCAGCCCGCGGCGGCGCUCGAGGGCCUCGAAGGCUUCUCGCACGUGCACCCGCCCGGCCUACUGGGCGGCUCGAUCGGCCUCUUCGCCACGCGCACGCCUCACCGCCCCAACCCGAUCGGCCUCUCCCUCGCGGCGCUGCUGCACGUAGAGGGCGGCACGCUCCUGCUCGGCGGCGCAGACCUCAUCGACGGCACCCCGGUGCUCGACGUCAAGCCGUACUUGCUCCACGACGCUCCGGCCGGCGCCACGGUGCCGAGCUGGUGCGCGGCCCGCUCGGACGCGUCGCGCAUCGCGUCCGUCCACUUCACCGCCGCUGCCGAAGCGCAGCUCGCCGCCGCCGUCGCGGACGGGUCUCUGCGCUUCUACACGGACCUGGAGACGGCGCGCUCCGCCAUCUCGCAGAUGCUACAGCUCGACAUCCGGUCCGUGCAUCAGGGUCGCGGCCGCCAGCCGGCGGCGGAGCGCAGCGCGGCGGAGCAGCUGUACAGCUGCCGCUUCGACGCGCUCGAGCUCGAGUUCGUCACCCUCGAGCAGCGCGUCGAGGUGAGGCGAUGCGUGCAGCAUGUGCCCGCCGGCUCGCGGCCCGCUCGGACGUAG